AUGAUGUAUUUAGUGAGUUACAAAUGUGUAAGGAUCGUGCGUCCAGGUCAAGCUGCCAACAAGUUUGCAACUCUUUACGAGAACAGUUGCGAUCUAAAUGUGAGCGAUCUUUGGCAACGACAGGAGAUGUUUUUCUAUGACCUGUAUUUCAAGUCAAGCAGUACUGGACUGUAUGCAAUUCCAAUGGUUUUAGAAAAUUACAAGAACAAUGAUGAGGACUCUUUUAAAUCAUGGAAUCUUUUGCGGAGGUUUUUUCUCGUAGAUAACUUAAGUGGCCGGCCUGCCGUGUCUGGCGACCCGAAAACAGACGCCUCUGCCGACAAGGUUAUCCGGGUUGCAGAGAUGCUUCAGUUGCACAUUCGAUUGCGAAACGGUCAGGGUCAAAUUUAUCCUCCGUAUAUCAAAGUGAGAUACAAGACUAUCAAGCUGAAUGAUGAUAUCUUAAAGAGGGACCCAACUGUGCGAGUUUCUUUCAGUGUCAACUAUGAAAUGGACACUUCUUCAAUCUCGCAAGAUGUCAAGACUGCUGCAGGAGUAUUGUCAGGCUUCGGGAUUAUAUACGGCCUCAUUCUCGUGUACAGUUGGCGCCGACGCAAAGGUAUAGAAGUUAUCGACCUUCCCACAAUGCUUCACUUCGUCGCCUUCGCCCUAGGCUCCCUCGCGACCAUGUAUUUCUGGGUCCUUUUCGGCCUCGCCAGCCUUUGGUUGAUCUUCUUCAAAGAACAAGACAUCGUGUAUCGCCUUCUUCCAACUUCAGAGCAAGAAAACAUAUUCCGAAACCUGCUCAUCAUCGCGUUCGUAUUCAAAUUUAUCGAUUUGGUUCACGUGAUCUCGUCCCAAACCAGCAUCGAUGUUUUCUUCGUGGACUGGGAACGACCACGCCCCUUGCCCCGUUCCACCAACCAAGGGGUGGACGCUAAAGCCCCUGUUAGCGUGUGGAGAACACUCUUCAUCGGAAACGAAUGGAACGAACUUCAGACGCUGCGCAAAAUUAGUCCAGAAAUACAAAUCGGUCUGGUGCUCUUCUUUCUCAAGGCGGUUGGGUUCGAGCACCUUUGCACUACAGAUCCCGUGCGCAGAUAUUCGGUUGACUACACCACAGAUUACGUGGGCGAACAAAGCCAUCUUCUACGAUUUGCAGUGGCUGUGCUUCUUUACAUGUCGAUAGCGUUUGUCCAAUGGAUUUUCUUUUCUUUCAUAUACGAACGCUUCCUGGGCGACCCGUUUGGGGAUUUCACUGAUCUGUGCUCGAUGGCAAACGUAAGCGUGUUGAUAUUUCAGAAUAAACUCUACGGCCACUAUAUUCACGGAAGAUCUGUUCACGGGCGGUCCGAUACGGACAUGUUGGAAAUGCACGAACAGUUUAAGCGUGAAGAGGACGAUCUUUGCGGAAAACGCGGCCUCGAACCGAAUUCCGACAGGCAGACGUUUGACGUGAUGGUCACGAGGAAGUUCCGAGCGACAUACGACCGCUUUUACGACCCGAUCCGAACACAAACGCAGAAUAUCGGAAAUGCACCUCAGAUCCAAGGUCACUCGGCUGGAGUUAAUCUUUCCGUGGCUGUUCAGCAGACAAUCGAGGCUUAUUCUUCUGUGAAUAGAUUCCUUUCCGCCUUCAUCGAUCAUUCGCUCCGAGAACACGAUUACGCCGUAAAAAACAAACUACUUCUUGAAAGAAUCUUUGAUUUAGAACUUGGGGAACUACCUCAGGACAAGGCAGUGUUUUACAACGACGAUGGUCGUUCGUUUACAAACGUCUUUUUCUUCGGUCACGAAUGGACGUUGCUACUCUGGGAAGUCCUGUUCUUUGCUAUCGUAGAUUACGCCGCGUUGAACUUCGUUUUAGCUGGAGUGCUCACCUAUCUUCAAAGUCGAAUUGUAAAGUCGAUCAGAGAGAUUCUUGGGAAGAAGAAUUUAGCGAAGAAAACUUUGGUCGAUGAACGAUUCUUGAUAUAAAAUGAUGCAUUUAGUUCCGACAAAAUUGGCUACAAUAAAGUGGGUAUAUUUCUCAGGCAUUCAACCAGAAUUAUGCAGCGAACUAACUUAAAACUUGCCCUUCGAAACAAAAUCUUUCGAGAUAUACUUGACUAUUUCAUUUUUGCGUUUGUUGUGCUGUUUUAAGUUCUCUCUUUGAACAAUUCAUAACUGCACAAGAGUUUAGUAGAAGCUAUCAUCACUCCAAAAGGUCUAACCACACGAUCAAAUUUUAUUGGAUCAAACUCACUUCUGACGUAUUGAAUGUAGUCUGUUAUUGAUAAAGCAGCAUUGCAUUGAUUUACGUGAUUUGCUGCCCAUGUACAUUUCAAGUCAACACACUUUAAAACAUGCAUCAGAAGGGAAUUAGACCCGACAAAAUUGGGUCUAAUUUUGACAAAAUUUUACUCUAUUAUUUUUCAGUCCCUUUAAACACAAUAUACUUUUAAACAAGCCUUCAACGAAAUUUAAACGAAAUCCAGUCUUAAAUUUUCGAACGGUUAAGCAAUUCUAGAACUACUAUUAC